AGAGAGAGAGGGAGAGCGAGCGAGAGAGGUUUGGAGAGAACAGUGCAGUUUUGCUGCAGUAAAACCCUGACUUUGUGCAUCUCCCUCUCUGUUAUUGUAGUAAAGAGCUGGUUGAUUUACUUGCUUUUAAAGUAUUCAUUCCAUUUUGCUCUCUUUCUGUUCCUAUCCCAUCUCCGUUUGCCCCCCCUUACCUUUCUCCUCCUCUCCUCCUACACCCCAUCCCCCCAUCCCAUGCUCUCCAAAUCCGCAUUAAGGAAUCACAAUUCACUGAGAACGACUCUGGAGUCCAGCAUCACUUUUCUCUUUUCUACCACACCACCUCCUUUCAGCUGAUCCCUUCUUCAUUUCACAAGCACUUUCUCCUUUUUUUUCUAUUUAAUCGCACUUUUCGGCAGCUAGAAACUCUACUCUUUAGUCACUUUCCUUUCUUUCUAUUCAGGCAUUUCUGGUGAAAGUUAGUCAACUCUCACAGAAAUGCACUUAAACAGCUUGAGCAAGAGGGAUCUAGAAAAGAAAGUCAAGAAAGAGGAUGGAAAUAAUUAAGAUGUCACGCGUGGGCGGUGGGAGGACUCACGCGAGUUCGGUAGGUGAUUGUGACGUGGCGCGCGCGCGCGAAGGGAACGGAGAUCGCGCGUGGAACUCAUCCAAAAAAAGAGCGACGUUCACAGACUAUAAUAAUGUGAAAUAUUUGUGUGUACAAAUGACUGAGGCCAGUAGUCAUGGUUCUAUGAAAAUGCGUCUAUUUUAUUCUACUUUUAUAUUUAAUACUAAUAAAUAAAAACAUUUAAUCGACUUAAAAUGUGUCAAAGCUUGUUUUCUCCUGCCCGUUCACUAAUAAAUGAGCUGUGACUCUCCAUACCUGCUGAUGUUCAUGGACACAGCACUGCUGUCAGCUGAGAGAUGAACAGGUGAGAUGACGUCUGCCACACUAAAGUCUUCAGCUGGACAGAGAAAUAUUGUGAACCACAUGAAUAAUAGUAACAUUAAGACAUUAUUACUGCAAUAUUGUUCUGUAAAGCUGCUUUGAACCAAUGUCCAGAAAACUAUAAAUACAUUUUCUCAGCUCAAAUGUUGAGGUAAAAGGAACAAUUUCAAAUUGAUCUACAGUAUGUUGAAUAUUUUUCAAACAUGUUUAUUUGAAUACUUACAGCUGAUACUGUUAAAAAUAGUAUCUUGUAAUGUUGUAUCUUGUUGUAAAUAGUUGUAAUGUUGUAAAUAGUAGCCUAUCUUGUUAAUGACAUUAAUCUCCUGACAUCUCGAGAGUCAAAGACACAUUUCCAUUGUGUAGAUCCUGCAGUGUAAGACUCGCUCGACCCUCAUAGCUCUCUAUCAUCUGUCCAUCCAUAUAAUGGCAGAGCAGAUCCUCCUUAUUCCACCACCACGAGGCAAACAAGAGACAACUGUGAAGAGAGAGAGAAGAAUAAUUAAUAAAGAAAAAAAAAAAUCCUGUCAGACAUGUCAUAGCCUAAUAGAGUUUUACGUACAGUGAGACUCAGCCGAAGCAUUAGAGUUAUAGAUAUGUUUUGACUUGCCUUGCUUAGUUUCAGCUGUUUUUAAUAUUCCUGCACACCUGAGACACCGAUGGAAAAUCCCAUGUAAACCACCAUUUAAUUAUUUUAAAUUUAACAUAAUAUGAUUACUACCAUAAUUCUUAUACAUAAAUCAUUAUUAUAUUUACUGUAAUUUUAGAAAUAAAUAAAUAAAAGUUAGCCUAACUUGUACAAAUCGUACAAAUGCCUGAAACUAUAUUUGGCAUGUUACUGCCCCCUACUGACAGAACAGACAACAGGCAAACUCUGCUUUAGAUAUGAUAAAAACAAAAAAAACGACAACAGAUACACGAAAUACGUAUAUAUGUAUUUUGUAAAUAAUAAUAAGACCCACAUACAUACAUAAACGCUGCCGUUUGCUAGCUUUAAUGAUAGAGUGACGUUAAAUAUAAUAAAUAAAUAUACACAUUAUAUUUCUGAACGAGCUCCAGAGUUAUGUAUAACUUUUUAUCAAAACAAAAAAGGUAUUUUAAACAUUUUAUUGUCUGUGUGGUUAUUAUAUGUAGAUAUAGCUAAUUAAAAAUAAAUAAAUAAAUGCAAUUCUGUAAACAGCAACAAUCGUUUUCCCAGCCUGCAUACUAGUCAGGUGAGAUUUUUUAGUUGGAAAUAGUCUACGUUAAUCACGUCAGCUGAUCAGGUGACAUUUCUUACGCUCUUUGACGUAAAAUAAUAAUAUGGAUAGUUUAAAGUAUAUGCCCACCCGUUUAGAGUGUGUUAUAGAUAAAUAAUAGAAUAAGAAGAAGACAUUGUAAAUUGUAUAUAAUCUAGAUUUAUAUUUUAUUCAGUUUUCCUGAAUCUCACCAUAAUUUAUGUCCAACUUUCAACAGGAAUCCAGUGCAUUCGACGUUGUCUCGCUCGUCACCGAGAUACUAGUUGGUGCAGACUGUAAAACAGGCCCUCCUACCCCUACUACUCUAGACGGCGCGCGGUUCCUGUUGCUAAGCAACCGCGGUCCAAGCAUUAGCUUGCUAGUAAGUUACUCGGCAAGAGCAGCGAGAGUGUUCGUGAAGAAUGAGUGCCGGCCGGACUGUCGAGGGCGCGGGGUGUGUGACCUGGUGGGGAUUCGGACCAGCACGAGACCUCCUGAACUCAGAGAGCAUGGUGAAGUCAGAUGGAGAGCUGAAUGUUCUGCUGGUGGGCAGUGGAGAUCCCAGACACAUCCUGAAGACCAUCACUGGACUGACACACUCUGAUACACUACAUGUUUGGGUGAUUGAGAACAGUAUGGAGGUUGUUGCCAGACAAUUAUUACUACUAUAUUUAUCACUUCAGACCCCUGAGAACAUGAGUCUACACAAAAAGACUGAAGUGUUUCUGGAGGUGUUUGGGAAUUCCGAGAUUCGCAAAGAGACGGAAGAGACUUUAAAACACGCCGCGGCUCAACUCUCUCUCUCCAUCACAAACACUCUGUCCUCUAACUCGCACGCCCAUCCUUGCCUUGAUACGAGCCUUCUGAAGUUUAAGGAGAGAGAUGAGUUGGUCCGGAUCUUUAAACUGUGGGAACGGCCACCGUCAGUGCCAGCGAGUGUGCGUAAGGUCUGGGACGCCCGUGUUCGGCAGCACCUGGGGACUCGCUACGACUCACGUCAGGGGUGUUUCGACUGGGAUCUCAGCAUGAAACUGCACCAGAGAGGCUGUGGCGUCAUUAGCAAACAUCAGUAUGUGAAAUGGCGGGAAAGUGGCGUGGCCUUUGAAAUGAGGGAGGGGCUUUACCAAACAGCCAAUCAGAGUCUGCUUUCCACACGAGUGUUCAAUCAUAGAGGAGAUCAGGUCGCUGUCAGAGGAUAUUGGGGGGACAUCGUCUCCAGUCCAUAUCUGUCGUUCGGCAUAGAGACCGAGAACAAAGACCUGUUGAAGAAACACAACAAUCAACAUGUAAAGACGGCUCAGGAUAUUUCAGAAGUCAACGUUUUGGCGUUGUUUGAAUGUCUUGCCACUAGAGGGAGCUCUUUACUGAAUGAAGAUGUGCCAAAUCCUCCAAGUUCCUGCGGUCAAUCCACAGACAGUCUCAUAACAGAAGAGAUCAUACAGAACGAUCCACCUUCCUCACAAACUCAUUCAGAACCGACACAAGCACUUGAUUUGCUGAACGUGAGCGGUGUGAAAGUGUCAUUUCUGUCUCCAGACUCUCUCAACAAACUUCCCCUCAAAAACAAAUACAGGAAGUUGUUCAACAGCAUCUUCUGUUCAGCCAGUAUGGUUCAUCAGCUCGAUUCUUCUCUGAGAGAGAUCGCAGCGCCUGAUGCUGCUCUGCUAAUAGAGUUAGCAAACUUCCUGUUGGAUCUUUCAAAGGAGCAAGUGUCAGGUUUUGCUGCCAGAGUGAAGGAGAUCGCUGAAGAAUCAGGAUUCACUGCAACACACGACCAGAGCAGCGACACAUAUGCAGUUUUCACGCGGAAAAAUGACUGAAGGACAUUUUCAGUUUCAGAUACACACUUUACAAAUAUACACUGCACUACAUCAGCCGUACGCAGAGGCAAUUUCAGACUAGAAACUGAAAUUUGUCUUAAUGGGAGAUCUGAUUAAGCAAGACUUCAUAACUUUAACAAACAUUUAAAUAUGAAUAUAUAUAAUUAUAUAGUUUCUAGCUGCUUGAAUUUAGAUGGACUAAUGAUUUUAAGCAUUAUAUACAUGCAUGAAUGUUAUCAUGAAGUGUUGCCUAAAUUAGCUUUAAACGAAUAAACGACCAAGAAAAUGCA